CCUCCGUAGCUGUCACUGCAAGAAAGUUUGUCCCGGUGCGGCCGCCGUAGCGAGACGCACUUCCGGCGUCGAAGGAGACAGUAGAGGAGCUGGGAGCGCGAUGGGUCAAAGUCAGAGUGGUGGACAUGGUCCUGGGGGUGGCAAGAAGGAUGACAAGGACAAGAAAAAGAAAUACGAGCCUCCAGUUCCAACUAGGGUGGGAAAAAAGAAGAAGAAAACAAAGGGACCAGAUGCUGCCAGCAAAUUGCCGCUUGUAACACCUCAUACUCAGUGCAGGCUAAAAUUGUUGAAAUUGGAGAGAAUUAAAGAUUAUCUUCUCAUGGAAGAAGAGUUCAUCAGAAAUCAAGAACAAAUGAAACCACUGGAAGAAAAGCAAGAGGAAGAACGAUCAAAGGUGGAUGAUCUGAGAGGGACCCCAAUGUCUGUUGGGACCUUGGAGGAGAUCAUUGAUGAUAAUCAUGCCAUUGUGUCUACCUCGGUCGGGUCAGAGCAUUAUGUCAGCAUUCUGUCGUUUGUAGACAAGGAUCUGCUAGAACCAGGAUGUUCUGUUCUCCUCAACCAUAAGGUUCAUGCUGUGAUAGGAGUUCUGAUGGAUGACACUGAUCCCCUUGUUACGGUGAUGAAAGUAGAGAAGGCCCCACAGGAGACAUAUGCUGAUAUUGGUGGAUUGGAUAACCAGAUCCAAGAAAUUAAGGAAUCUGUGGAGCUUCCCCUCACUCAUCCUGAGUAUUAUGAGGAGAUGGGUAUUAAACCACCUAAAGGAGUCAUUCUCUAUGGCCCGCCUGGCACAGGUAAAACCUUGUUAGCCAAAGCUGUAGCAAACCAGACUUCAGCGACCUUCCUCAGAGUUGUUGGUUCUGAGCUUAUACAGAAGUACUUGGGAGAUGGGCCCAAACUCGUUCGAGAAUUGUUCCGAGUAGCCGAGGAACAUGCUCCAUCGAUUGUCUUCAUUGAUGAAAUUGAUGCCAUCGGUACCAAAAGGUAUGAUUCAAAUUCAGGUGGAGAAAGAGAAAUUCAGCGAACAAUGUUGGAAUUGUUGAACCAGCUGGAUGGGUUUGACUCUAGAGGAGAUGUGAAAGUGAUUAUGGCCACAAACCGAAUAGAAACUUUGGAUCCAGCACUAAUCAGACCAGGACGUAUUGACCGGAAGAUUGAGUUUCCUCUGCCAGAUGAAAAGACCAAAAAGCGCAUCUUUCAGAUUCAUACAAGCAGAAUGACUUUGGCAGAUGAUGUAACUUUAGAUGAUUUGAUCAUGGCGAAAGAUGACUUGUCUGGAGCAGAUAUCAAGGCAAUCUGUACAGAAGCCGGCCUCAUGGCCCUAAGAGAACGUAGAAUGAAAGUAACAAAUGAAGACUUCAAAAAAUCUAAAGAAAAUGUACUUUAUAAGAAACAGGAAGGCACCCCAGAGGGACUGUAUCUCUGAAUGAACCGUGCUGCCUUCGUGAGAGCUGUUGGGAACUUUCCAGACCCCCUGAGAUAACAACACUGGGAGAAUUGAAGGGGCGUCAGUGUUCUAGUAGGUCUUUAUGAGCAAGGAUUUUUUUAUACAUUACUCAGAUAUGAUGUGCGGGGUACCCAUUGAACUGUGCUAGGCUUUUGUGCACUGUGCUAUACUGUAUUCCACAAUAAAACAUUCUCUUUCAGAAGGCA